AUGGAACAAAGAGCGGUUAUUAAAUUUAACGCAAGACUUGGUAAAAGUGCAUCAGAAACAUUCCAGUUGGUGCAGCAAGUGUAUGGCGAUGCUUGUUUAAGUCGAUCAAAUGUUUUCGUGUGGCAUAAACGAUUUUUGGAUGGUAGAGAAUCGCUAGAAGAUGACCAACAUACGGGAAGGCCAGUGUCAAUUCGAAAACCCGAAACGAUCGAAAAAAUACGUAAUUUUAUUGCAAAUCACCGCAAUGCUUCACUGAGAAUGAUGGAAGCGGCUUUGAACAUCAACCGAGAGACGAUUCGGACCAUUCUUCACGAGGAUUUGGGCAAAACAAAGGUUUGUGCUAAGUUUGUUCCACACACUUUGACGGAUGAACAAAAAGCAAUGAGAGUUAGCCAUUCCAUAGACAUCGUUGUAGCUGCCAGAAAUAAUCCAAACUUCCUGAAAUCCAUUGUUACGGGGGAUGAAAUAUGGUGCUUUCAAUUCGAUUCAACAACCAAGCGCCAAAGUGCGGAAUGGAAGUCGAAAAAUUCACCAGAAGCCAAGAAAACACGAAAAGUGCCUUCAAAAAUCAAUACAAUGCUCAUCACAUUCUUUGAUAGUAAAGGAAUUAUUCACAAAGAAUUUGUUCCAUCUGAUCAAAUAGUUACUGGCGACUAUUAUCUUGAAGUUUUGAAGCGUUUGAUGGCCAGAAUCCGUCGUAUCCGUCCCGAUUAUCAAGAUCCAAACAGUUGGACGCUAUUGCACGAUAACGCGCCAUCUCACAAGUCACUCAGUGUUUGUCAAUUUUUGGCCAGAAAUCAAGUCUGUGUGCUCAAUUAUCCGCCAUAUUCACCUGAUUUGGCCCCGUGCCACUUCUCUGUAUUUCCAAAAUUGAAAUUGAAGUUAAAAGGAUGCUUUUUCGAAGACAUUCCGACCAUCCAAACAGCUUCAACACGGGAACUAGAAGCAAUACCACAAAAUGAGCUUAAUCAUGCAUUUGAAUCCCUUUUGAAUCGCUGUAACAAGUGUAUUGAAGCAAGAGGAGAUUAUUUUGAAUAA